CACGCAAAAAGACAAAACCAAAGUCCAACCACUUUAACUUACUUGAAUAACAAAGUAGUACUGAAAGCUAAAACCCCUCUCCUUCAAUUCAACUCUCCCUCCCAAAACCCUAACCCUGAUUUCAUUCAAUUCUCACCAGAAUCCGUCAAAUGUGAAGAAACAAGCGGCCCUAGUUAGUCCCUUCAUGCAAAAAAUAAAGAAUGCCUCAAAAUUUGCAAGGUGAAUGUCAACCAGAUGGGACCAAUGAGUCCACUCCCAAAAUACAACGUAUUAAAAUCACUAGGCCUUCCGAAGAUUCCGAAAAGAAGAUUGCAGUGAAGAGGGUCAAAGAUGUGGAAGUUUCUGUUCCUAUAGUUUAUGGAACAAUAGCAUUUUGGCUUGGUAGAAAAGCCAGCGAAACUCUGUCGCAUAAGUGGACAGUUUAUGUUCGUGGGGCCACAAAUGAGGAUCUUGGUGUUGUAAUUAAGCGAGCUGUAUUUCAGUUGCAUCCAAGCUUUAAUAAUCCUGUGAGAGUUGUUGAAUCACCACCGUUUGAGAUAUCUGAAUGUGGUUGGGGUGAAUUUGAAAUUGCUAUCUCCCUUUUCUUCCACAAUGAUGUCUGUGACAAGCAGUUAGACUUGUAUCACCAUUUGAAGUUGUAUUCUGAAGAGGACAGCGGACCUCAGUCAACUAAAAAACCUGUUGUUGUGGAAACAUACAAUGAGAUUGUUUUCCCUGAACCACCUGCAGAUUUCUUAGCUCGUGUCCAGAAUCAUCCUGCAGUAGUUGUGCCUCGACUUCCUGCCACGUUAAGUCUGCCUCCAGCUCCAGUUCAAGAGGUGCAUGAAAGUGGCAGAGGUGACACAAAAGAUCAUAUGCUUAGCCCCUGGUUCGUCAAUUUCUCGGAGGCAGAUGAACUGCUAAAGCUUGCCGCAGCUCGUCAACAGUUCUUGCAUGAUAGGUGCAAGCUCACAUUAUGAAGCUGAGAAGGCAAUUGAGCAUGAUGGAUGGGAUGCCCCAAUCUCUUAAACCAGCCUCUGGUUAGUGAAUGUACAUGAUUGUGCAAGUCAACAUUCAGCAUAUAUGUCCACUCUGAAUGGGUUGAACAAUGAGCGCGUGUAUGUAGUUCAUUGUACAUUUGAACUGACUCAUUAUCUAGGUAGCUUGCCACCUUUGUCUUUCCUAGUUCUCUUGCAGGCAGUGUCUUUUUAUUCUUUUUCUCUUUGCUGUUCCUUAGGCUGGUAGGUUUAGGGAUCGCUGUAUUAUUCUGUACGAGUUGCAUCAAGUCUUGUCUAACUGCAAUAGAUGUUAAUACAACACCGGAUUUGCCUGUAAAUAAGAUUAUCAGUGGUUUGUCUAGUUUCUGUGCUGC